UCGCUCUUGAUCAAUAUCACUUAAUAUUCAUGUAGCGAGAUAUUAUUGGCAUUUCUCACCAGCGCUGAUAGCCGUUGGAAUUUGUUGCCAGAUCCGAUGGGAGGAGGGAGGAUCAAAAGUGGUCGCGUAUCUAUGCCAAACUGCGGAUCGAAUAUCAUCCAAUCAAAUUCAUUUAGAGAUGCUUAUCAAAAAUUACGCCAACAAUUGAUAUAAAAAUAAAUGGAAGGUUUUAAAAAAUAAUUUUCAUAUCUGAUUCUCCGACAAAUAAGAGAACAAUAUGGAUUUGGGUGCCACAACACUCAUGCCGAUGCCCGGGAAUUUCGGAAGCAGUUCGCAAGGUUCAGGCCUAGGAUUGAAAGCGGAUUUAGGGAACCCAGUGACACGUCCGAUGCCCCCGCAAAGCCCCUCCCGAGACUCAGACAGUGGGGGUGAGGACAGGAUGGGGGACGGGGACAAACCCUCUAAACAGAAGCGACACAGGACCAGGUUCACGCCCGCCCAGCUGAACGAACUGGAGAGAAGUUUCGCCAAAACUCACUACCCCGAUAUUUUUAUGAGGGAGGAACUGGCUCUAAGGAUUGGUCUCACCGAAUCGAGGGUUCAGGUCUGGUUCCAAAAUCGGCGUGCAAAAUGGAAGAAAAGGAAGAAGACCACAAAUGUUUUUCGUACACCCGGGGCUUUGUUGCCUAAUCCAGGGAUGACACCAUUCGGAACUAUGAAUGACGCUUUCUGUACGUUUCGUCCUACAGACUCUCGCUGGUCCUCGAUUCCAAGUAUGACGUCACCAAUAAACGGGAAUCCUCUUGCCCUCACAUCCUCCUUGCCUCGCCAAACACCCCUGGGUCAGUCUUUUGGUUCUCAAGUACCUUUUACGGGUCUUCAAGAUGCGUGCUCCACGAUUGCAAGCAACAUUUCAAUGCCAAAUAAUGGUGCUUCAUUACACAGCACCUGCUUCGGUGUUCCAUCCGUCAGCUGUGCUUCUCCUUUAUCGGCAAAUUCCAACUCUCCGCCGAUUUCUCAUCCGCAAGUCAACUGUGGCAUGCAAGACGUGGAUGAUGCUUGGAGAGGAACCAGCAUAGCAGAGCUGCGCAGAAAAGCUUUGGCGCAUACAGCAACUCUCACGGGAUAUAGAUGAACUUCUUUGGGGGCAUCAUAUGCAAUGGAUUUCAAAAUGCGAUGACGAGGAAAUCGACAGGGUAACUUAUAUUGCUUUGUGAUGGAAGGAAAAAAGAUGUACAAAGCUUUUAAUUAUAGAAUUAAGUAAAUACAUGAAUUUGUGGAAACCUUCCAACACAAAAAUGACUAAUCACAGAACUCGUUCGUAGCGCAAUGUCUUUCUUUUGAAUGUAUUUAUCAUGUUUUUUACAAGAAAAAUCUGAAUUAGAUUUAUCAUAUACUAGAUUUGUAAGUAAAAAAAUUGAAGUGCUCUAGAAUAAGAUACUUAUGUUCUCAUAAAAAACAUUGUUUUGUUCGAUAUAAGUGAAUGUUUGUAAUGAGUUUUAUAUGGUAAAAAAACACAUUCCACAGAACAGUGUUAAGGCAUACAAAUGUAUCAAUCAUUUCUGGCCGAUUUCCCCAGACUUUGUAUUCUCACAGAAAGCAGUUAACAAUAUUAUACUUAAAGUUGCUAAUCAUAUAUAAUUGAUCGAUAAAAAUAUAUAAAGUGGUUAUUAUCAUGAAUUAUACUGUGCUUUAUUCAAUUAUAUACCCGGUAAACAUGCAUUGAAAAGGACUAGACAGCCAGGAAGAUGUUUAUAUAUAUAUGUUAUCAUCCGAUGGAAUUUGUUGUCAGUAAGCGUUGAAUCAUGAAAUGAUAUUCAGUUUAAAUGAAAUAUCAGAAAUCAUCUAAUAGAAAAAAAAAAUUGUGAUUUUAAUUAUAUUUUACUAUGUUAUAGUAAAAGAAAGAAUGGCAUUUUAUACAUCAUUAUAUCUGAUUGGUCCAUUGCCAUCUAUGUUGUAUAUUGCAGUAUCUUGUUAUCAGUAUCAUGAUUGUCAUACUAUUGUAUCAGGAAUUAUUAUGAAAUAAACUAAAAACGUACAUUC